AUUUAUAUCGGCCAUUGCCAUGCCCCAACCGCUUCUGUGAUUCUCCCGUGCACCCCUGCUGUUCCCGAGACUCUCUCGCCUGACCUCAUCACCACUGGACAGUAGCAAGUAAGGAUAAUUUUUCUUAUAGACAACCGCUUGUUCUUCCCACCAUGUCCUUCCUGUCCUACGUUGCCUCGGGCAUUAGCUCGUUCGUUGUCGUCACGCUUUCACUUUUCACCCUUGGCCAGAAGAUUCCCCGCGCAGCGUUCGUUGCUCGCUGCUUGGCCUCCUACGGUUCUCUUCUCCUAUGUGCCACUUAUGGCGUAAUCGCUUCGAUUGUCUUGCGCCUGGUCGGCUACGGACGGGUGUCGCAAUGGGCCACCGCGCGCAGCUUCAAGUGGGUCAUGCGGUAUACAACCGGCGUACACUUUGACAUUGUUGAAGGCCAGGAGCAUCUCUCCACCCGGCCAGCGGUCUUUAUCGGAAAUCAUCAAUCGGAGCUGGAUGUCCUCAUGUUGGGUUCUAUCUUUCCCCCGUACUGCAGUGUCACGGCCAAGAAAUCACUACGCCAUGUGCCCUUCCUUGGUUGGUUCAUGUCUCUUUCUCGCACCGUAUUCAUCGACAGGGCCAAUCGCCAGACGGCUGUAAAGGCUUUUGACAGCGCUGCAGAGGAGAUGCGCAAUCACCGUCAGAGUGUCUUCAUCUUUCCCGAGGGUACAAGAAGCUACUCGGACAAGCCGGGGCUACUGCCGUUCAAGAAGGGCGCUUUCCAUCUCGCUGUGAAGGCCGGGGUCCCUAUUGUUCCUGUUGUUUCUGAGAAUUACUCGCAUGUUCUGUCUCCCCGGCACUGGAGGUUCAAUGCUGGUUCAAUCCAGGUCAAAGUCCUCCCUCCCAUCAGUACUGAGGGUUUGACUGCGGCUGAUGUCGAUGCCCUGACUCAGUCGGCUCGGGAAUCCAUGCUCAAGACUCUACUUGAGAUGUCCGAGAAGAACGAAACCGAGGUUUAUAACUCGCUUGCCAAUGGUACAUCUACUGCCGUUGAGAUCUGACUUCGUUGCAUUGAGUUAUGACAAUAAACUUUUUUUUCCUCGGCAUCCCCUUCAUCGAAACGCCAGAUCCCCGCAUCAUUGCACGAACAAGUUGAAACGCGACAUGAGACAUGAAUACCGGGCGUUAUUGUCCCUCGUACCACCCGCUAAUAAUCAUUGUCUUCUGCUCUCCAGCACAGAACUCGUGACAGGGCACUUCAAUAAAUUCUGUCUAGAAACACGGGCCUGGGUUUUGCAUUACUUGUAGACAUGAGAAACAAC